GUCCGAUUUAUCAAUUAGCUUUUUGUGUACACGUGGUAUUGAAAUGUUUUACGAUGCAUUUCGUAAUCUAAUCAUUUCAUUUAAAGCUUCACUGCAAUCAAGUCCUCCAAUCCGAAUACCGUCUAAGGAUCUUACACGACUUAGUGCUACAUAAGCUGGUCCAGCAGCAAACAGUCGCGAGCCUAGAUAAAUGACUGCAUGACCGACUGUACAACCUUGCAUCUUGUGGA